AUGGUCUGUCCGGCUGCUUCCCAGCUGCUCCUGGCCACAACUCUCCUCCUGGGGUCAGUGGUCGCCCCAACGUCCCAGCCUGUUCAGGGUCAGGCUGGAGAGGGACCUGGACAACAGCUGGACCAUGAGAGUGGAGCAGGAGAUUCAGUCCUGGUCUCUGUCUAUGUGCAACUGGAAUUCUCAGACAAGACCUGGUCAUUGGCACACGACAGGGCCCUGACUAUUCCUCCUGCCUUGGCUGCUUCCUCCCCAAGAAAUCUGACUGGCCUUAACAUCACGACAGACUGUAAUGUCACGCACACGGGGCACAGUCGCUGUGCUUGCCGCCCAGGAUACCGGUGGAGCGCCCAUCUCUGUUCCCGCCGCACAUCCUGCUCCUCCCGUGAUCAGCUCUGUGACUGUCAAAUCUUCAGCCACUCUGUCUCCAGCUACUGCCAGUUGCUGCCACCUGGUCCCCCUCCAUCCCUGUCUUCUGCCCCUACAGUGCCUGGGAAGCUCUCCCUGAACUCCCAGCAACAGAAGCCUGGUGACAAGCUGAACCUGACUCUGUUCACCACUCCUGAUGCCACCAGCCUGACAUGGUUCUUGAGACAUACAGAGAACGACAAAUACACUGUCCUGCGGUCAGGGACACAGGUGUCCUUGAGCUCCAGCCAUGGUCAGGCCAUCCUCAGCAUCUCGAACAUGUCCUACCACUGGUCAGGUGAGUACCUUAUCUACUUCGAGGCCCUGGGAUUUAUCUGGAAGCUGCAGCAGGUGGUGACAGUGCCCUUGCGGAGGUCAGAAGUGGCUCCAUUUCCAGACCAGCUGUCCAUCUCCUGCACUGCCUCCCCUGGCUUCCAGCUGAGCUGCUGCUUUCCCAGAACAGAUCUGGUCUACACUGCUGCCUGGAGCCCCAGGGUGGGCAGCCAAGUCUCCUUACUCAACAGGACAGACUCUCAGUGCCUGCUGCUGGAUGUUCAACACUGCCCGGAAGCCAACACUGCAUACACUUGUGAGCUGGACGCACAUGGCCUGGCUCCUCUUAGGAGAUCUGUAGCCAUUACCAUCAUCCAGGAUGGAGACAUUGUCUGCCCUGAGGACCUCUCAGCUGCUACCUGGAAUGUCACUAAAGCUGGCCACGUGGCACAGGUCCCAUGUCCCAUGAACAGGACAGGCAUGAUGAAGAGGCUCUGCGGGCCUGAUGGGAUCUGGGGGCCCAUCCAGAACAACUGCAUAGACAUGGAGAUCCUGGCCUUGUAUGAAGAAGCCAGGUUGCUGCAGGCCGGCCAGGGGAAACCUUCUAAAAGAGUGCCACAAAUCCUGGAAAGGCUGCAAGAGCGAGUAGAGAAGGCAAGCUCGCCCUCUGACUUACUGAAACUGCUGGGCACUGUGGAAUUACUGGCUAGUGUGGUGGCAGAAGUCAGAACAGUGCUGAAUCCCAGUUCCCUGGAGGACCUCCUGACAAUCACAGACAAAGUCCUAGACAUGAAUGCCAGCUCUCUGUGGACCCCUGCCCAAGCCCAGCAGCCCUCGAUGGGCUCAAAUUUCCUGCUGGCUGUGGAGACCCUGCUACGCAGCUUGUCCCCCAAGGAUCAGCCCUUCUCCUUCAACUCCUCCAAUGUGCUGCUGCACCGUCAGGUCCUGGAAUCCACAUUUGCUGAUGACUACAAAAUCUCCUUCUCUACCCAGCCCCCGCUAUGGGCCUGCAUCUCCAAAUAUUCACUGACCCCACUGGUUCACAGUGGAGCCAAUGUCAGUGUGACCAGUCUGGUGCUACAAAAACUGAACCACCUUUUGCCCUCCAACUAUGGACAAGGGAUGGGGGCCCUCCAGUAUGCCACCCCUGGCCUGGUCCUCGUCAUCUCCAUCAUGGUAGGCAGCAAAGCCUUCACCCAAGCAGAGGUCAUCAUGGACUUCGGGCAUACAGAGGGCAACCUGCACUGUGUCUUCUGGGACCAUAAGCUCUUCCAGAAUGCAGGAGGCUGGUCAGAUAAAGGGUGCCAGGCACAGGAAGCUAAUGACAGCCUUGGCACUCAGUGUGUCUGCCAGCACCUCACUGCCUUCUCCAUCCUCAUGUCCCGGCAUACUGUCCCAGAAAACCCUGUCCUGAAGCUCCUGAGUAAAGUGGGCUUGGGUACCUCCAUACUGGCACUGCUCAUGUGCCUGGGAGUAUACAGGCUAGUGUGGAAAGCUGUGGUGCGGAACAAAGUUGCCUUCUUCCGCCACGCUGCCCUGUUCAACAUGGUGAUCUGUUUGCUGGCUGCAGACAUCUGGUUCCUGGUAUCCUCAGUCUUUCUUCCAGGGACUCCUGAUCUGCUCUGCCUGGCCACUACCUUCCUCUGUCAUUUUUUCUACUUGGCCACCUUUUUCUGGAUGCUGGCGCAGGCCCUACUGUUGGCUCACCAGCUGCUUUUUGUCUUCCAUCAGCUCUCUAAGCCCCUGGUUCUCUCCCUCAUGGUGAUCCUUGGCUACCUGUGCCCCCUGGGGUUUGCAGGUGUCACCCUGGGCCUCUAUCUGCCUCGAGGACAAUACCUAAGGGAAGGAAGAUGUUGGCUGGAUGGGAAGGGUGGGGCAAUCUAUACCUUUGCAGGGCCAGUGCUGGCCAUCGUGGGCAUGAAUGGGCUGGUGCUCGCCAUGACUGUGCUGAAGUUGCUGAGACCUUCGCUCUCUGAAGGGCCCCCAGUUGAGAAGCGCCAGGCUCUCAUGGGAGUGCUCAAAGCCCUGCUCAUUCUCACACCCAUCUUCGGCAUCACAUGGGGCCUGGGCCUGAUGACUCUGGUGGAGGAAGCCGCCACUAUUCCUCAUUAUCUCUUUGUCAUCCUCAACAGCUUCCAGGGAGUUUUCGUCUUAUUGUUUGGCUGCCUUGCAGAUAAGAAGGUGCAGGAGGCCUUGCGCAAACGCUUCUGCCACACCCAACCCCCCAACUCUGCCAUCUCCCUGGUGAGUUGCUGGCUGCAAGGCUUCCCAAGAAGGUCUGAGGGGACCCACAACCUUCCCUAG